AUUUAUCCAGUCUCGAUUUUUCUCACUGGUACAUUUCAGACACACGUCAUUAAAAAAGAGCGUAGUUCAGCGUGGCAACUACAUCGUUCACAAAAUUUGACAUUUCUUAUGUCAUACGUCAUAACAAGAAAGCGACCAAAAGAAAAUUUGAGUUUUUCAUGAAAAUUCGGAUAAAAGAGGAGCAGGAAAAACAAACCAUUUUCUGGCGCAGACUCGAUGGAAAAUCGUAAAAUAUAAACACGCUGCGAGAGAGAUUUUGCGAAAAGUCUUGGCUGAAUAGUAGCGCGAAAGUAAAAACGGAUGGGAAUGACCAGAGCAGCACGAAAAUAAAGUUUCAAACAAAUUUAAAGGCCUAUAGCGCAGGUGAGCAAGCGUAAUUCAAAGCAAUUGGCUGCGACGUAUUGCAGUGCACUGGCCAAGGGGUGAACAUGACAAAGUACAUACGUAUGUACCUACAUAUGCAUAUGCAUAUAAAAAGUAGAUGUGGUCUUGGUGGUUAACUGAUUGACAAAAGCACGAACAAAUAUGUACACUCACACUGCCAUGCGCACGCCAGCUCCAAGCAGUCGUAUCAGCAGACUGUGAGUGGGGCCCAUUGACUGCUGGUGGAUGGUGCUAAACAGAAAAUGCGUGAGAGCUUUAAGAAUUUAGUUGGCGAAGAACAUGGACGUUAGCAGAACGUACUGCAAAAUUACGGUCUAUUGCGAACAGUCUUUUAUACUUAGAAGAGUUGUGAAAAAGUAAAAAAAAAAAUCGCCUCAUGUACCUUGGAAAAGUGCUUCAAACGCAAAUUCUUUCAUUUAAUAGCUGCGCAAGUGGAAAAUGUUGCGGAAUUCCAAGAGUCAAAUAUUAAAGCGAUUACGAUUUUUUUUUUAAAUAUCAAACCCAAAAACGCUAAUAAAACACGAAAUACCUUGCAAACGGGUUUGAAGGAAUGAUAUGUUCCAAUGCAGUAAAGAACCGUGAUACACAUACAUACAUAAGUUUCCGUAAAAUUGUUAAAAAUCAAUGUAAAAUAAACUGAAAAUUACGGUGUUAUAAAAUUUCCUUGCGAUUCGGAAUACGCCUUUAUAUCUGGCGAUUGGCUUUAUAAAUAUAGUUACUCUUAUGUCUGAGAACGUCAUCUGUGUGUCAGGAAAACUAUAAAAGUUUUCAUAAACCUGAAAAGGGAAAAGUAAAAAGAUAAAGAAUAAAAUUAAAAACGACGCUUAUAAAUAAAAUACAAAAAGGGAAUCAGCGCAGCUACGGAUAAGCGCAAGUCGAGCAGUGGGGCAGGAGUAAAGUAAAACUCAGUUAAAGAAGUGAAAAUAUCGUACAUAUAAGUUUAUUGAAAUAGUGGCAGCGGCUUACAGAUUCAACAGCCAGGGGUCAUGUCUCUUGAAGAUCCAUUCUUCGUUGUGAAGGACGAAGUAUUUAAAGCAUUAAAUAAAACGCGCGGCCUAUACCUGCGUUGGCGUGAAUUGAGCGAUAGCAGCGGCAGCGCAGAAGUUGAAUGGACGACAACCGAGCUAAGAAACUCUUUGCGCAGCAUUGAGUGGGAUUUAGAAGAUUUGGAGGACACAAUUAGCAUAGUUGAAAAGAAUCCGAAUAAAUUUCGCAUUGAUAAUCGUGAGCUAUUGAGUCGGCGCCAUUUCAUCGACAACACGCGCGAUGAAGUCAAGCAGAUGAAAGAGAAGAUGAGCCUGAAUCGGAACAGGGACAGAGAUAUAACGGCACAUCAACCACUACUCGAUGAGCAUAAUCAGAACGAACUCAAUCAUCAAAACAAUCAGAACGGCAACGGCAACAAUUGCAACUACAACAACAACUAUAAUAACAGCCUAAACAACAGUAAUCAUCACAACAAUCAUAUUCAUCAUCAUCACGGUAUCAACGAUAAAACCUAUCUGGUCGAGUGCCCGAACGGUGGCAUAGGUGGCGGACUAUUACAGCAAAAUUCUUUGAUAACCAGCGGCAGUGGUGUAGCUAAUACAAUUGCUGGCACAAUGGCAGCAGCGGCACAACGUCACAGUGGUACAAAGUACUCCAAAUUGGAGAAUACGGUCGACAGUCCGGGUCAUUAUCCAUCGCUGGAUAGUCCGGGACAUCGAUUUGUGGGCGAAACUGUGUCGGUGCAGCAGCACAUGAUGCAGGGGCAGGACGAGCAGCUAGAUAUGAUAAGUGAUUCCAUUGGAACGUUAAAGACUGUGUCACGUCAAAUAGGCGUGGAAUUGGAUGAGCAGGCUGUCAUGCUCGAUGAUUUUGGUAAUGAAUUUGAUACAACGGAAUCCAAAUUGGAUACAACCAUGAAAAAAGUUGCCAAAGUAUUGCACAUUAAUAAUGAUAAACGUCAAUGGGCCGCUAUAUUCAUUCUAUCCGCGCUUUUGUUACUUGUGAUAAUUUUAUUUAUAGUUUUGUAAAUAUUGCGCUAAGUAAAAAAUUUCUGCAUCAUUGUUGACAUUUAUUUGCUAAUUAUUUAUAUUUAAAAUGAGUAAUACCAAAUUUGUAUGUAUAACUAAAUAGCCUAUUCAGAAUUUGUAUUUGUUUUAUUUCAUUUAUUGCUAGCAAAUUUUAAAAGCAAACAGUUACUACAUAUAAUAAACGUCCAGUAUAACUAUUUUGUUUACAUAUGUAAGUAACAGAAUUCUUAAAUUCGCUAUCGUUAAGGCGGCCUUGUCUAAAUUCUUGGAAAGUUCGUUCCAAAUUAUUAGUCGGUAAGUUUGUCGUAGGUUGAAAAUACAAAAUUUCAAUAUGAAAAAGCGAGUCGUUUAAAAGAAACAUCUAAUUUCUCGAUUUUCCAGCUAAACACCUUCUGGAUUUCAAAUCAGUAAAUAGUAUGUUCGGCAGUGUUUUACCGGCUCAAGGCUCGAAAACUGAACUACAUAUACAGGCUCCACACUUACAUAGAAGCGGUUUCUAAAGUUACUCGGCGGUUAUUUCUCUGCUAUAUGCAGUUGUAUAGUAGAAUGUUUGGCAAACAAUUUAUAUAAGACGUCGUCGGAGCUAUUCUGAUUGCGAAAAGAAGACUAGUAGUUUUAAUUAUCGACGCCAUUUUGGCAGGUAAUUUUAUAUUUUGCACUACAAACAACAACAAUUAAUGAUUUCAAACAGCUCGUGAGUGUGUACAAACUUACACUAACAAUUCUGUAGUAAUGUGCGCCUACAGAUAGGCAACAAUUCCUGAAAGGCACUUACUGAAUUAUCUGCUGAAGAGCUAACGAUAGCGAAUUUAAGAGUAGGUACUACAUAAGAACCUCUGAUCGUUUGGUUAUUUAAGAAUUUUUAUUAAUAUACAUAAGUAUAGUUUACUAUUUAUUGUUAAAGUACAUUUAACCGUUAUUAACUGCUGCGAAAGGGCAUUAUUAAUUAAAGUUUACCUAACCUCUUUCUCUUCAAGCCCAAUUGUUUUAAAUUUUCAAGUUUUCGUAACUAUUACUUUUACAUAAUUUAAUUUUUGGUUUAGCCAAUUCAAGUUUACUACCAUAUUUAAUACAAAUAAAUGUUUUUCUCACUUAGUUUUAAAACCUUUCUGCAAUUCAUAUUCACAUACAUACAGUUACUUAAAUAAAGUUGUAUCAAGCGGCGUGCAAACAAAUAUACAUACAUAUUUAAAAAUUCAUAUAAAUCGUUAUUUUGUCUUCAAAUUGUCAUAUACACAAUACCGCACAUAUAUGUAGCAAACAAUGAACAACUGUACUACUACUAAAAA